AUACUCAAGCAAAUACAUCUGUUCAAGAACCAGACCAAAUUGAUAACAUUGUCGAACAACUUGAUAACAACAAUUUGGCGAAGCCAAAAGCCAAAAGAGCUAGAACAACUAAAGCUACUG